UCUCAAUUCUUACAAUUUUAUUUUGUAUUUCAUAUUUGAUAUUGAAAAUGUGUGGUCAUAAUUUAAUUCAUUCCAAAUACGUUACGAUUAAAGAUGAUUCUUCUUUGGUUUUAAAUUUUACUUAUUUUUAAUAUAUUGUUAAAUUAAAUACAAUAUUAACACGUUUAAGUUAUACAUCUGCUUUGAUCAUUCGAAAGGCUUACAUAGUAUAGAAAACGUAUACAUAUAACCGAGACUGGAGAAGUUGUAAGUCUUCUUACCACGCUCCCACAGUCUCUGAGUUGACCACGACUUGCGUUCGAUAGGAUAUAUCAAGUUACUUGCUGACUGUUAACGUACGCAAAGGAAGGAAACCGGUUCAUUUUCUUUCACACAUAUUUUCAAGCCAGUGCUGAUGGUGUCUCAUCAUGAUUCGCGAGAGUGUACCUCUUCUAUUUAAAAACGUUAAUUCAGAUCUUUCAUUGUUUUUCGCUACCUUGUGUAUCGUUGAUAUAUUCGGUGUUUUUCCAAUAAUUGCUUUACCAAGUUCGAUCGUUCAGUGUGGAUUAUUUGGCAUACCUUUGGUUUUCGUUGUUUUUGGAUUACAAAUAUACACAGCUGCACUACUUGGAAAAUCAUGGAUUGUAGCUACCACCUUGGAUCCUAUGAUCUUACGAAAAAAUCGGUAUCCUUUAGCAGCGGUAACCGAAUUAACGUUGGGUCCACGAGCACGAACUAUUGUAACUUUUCUUUUGGAUCUUACAAUUUUUGGUUGUGGAAUACCUAAUUUAUUAGUCGCAUCACAAAAUUUACAAAUGUUCGGAGUUAGGAUAUCCGAUCAAAGAUUUGACGUUUCUUUUUGUUACUGGUUACUUGUCGUUGGUAUGCUACUCUGUCCUUUCAUGUGGUUAGGAAGUCCACGAGAUAUGAAAUGUUUUAGAUAUAAAACAUAUUUUUAUAAAUAUUAUAGAUGGUUAGCAAUGUUUUCUUGUGUUACCGUAAUUUUUACCGCAAUACUGAUUUGGUGGUGCAUCAUUAACGAUGAUCGAAUUAUCGAUCAUAUACCGAUUCCAACUUCACCAACUUGGGAUAAAUUUAUAUCUGGUUACGGCAUGUUGGCAUUUUUAUUCGACAUACAUCCAACGUUGAUGACCGUUCAAGUUGAUAUGCACAAUCCUCGUGAUAUCAAUAAAGCUGUUAUUUUAUCGUUUUUUGUAAGCGUAUUACUAUUUGGAAUAACAGCGGGAUUGGCAAUGUGGAAAUACGGAGGAAGCAUAACAGCUAAUAUUCUUCAGAUAGUGCCAACAGGAUUUGCAAUAAAUGGUGCUAUAUUAUUAGCUGCUCUUCAAUUAUGCUUAUCCAGUGCAUUAGGUCAUUCGGCACUUUUUCAACAUUUCGAAGAUAAACUUCGAAUAGAUAGGUCAUGUGGAUGGAAACGUUGUGCAAUAAGAUCAAUAAUUGUUUUUUGUGGAGUUGCUGUAGGAGAAAUGGUACCACGUUUCGACAUAGUAAUGGCUCUGAUUGGUGGAUCGUUAAUGGGCCCAUUGAUUUUCAUACUUCCUCCAUUGAUGUACGCCAGAGCGAUAGCUUUGAAAAAUAGCGCGAAUCGCAUCUUGUCGCCUGAAAUUUAUUCUGCUACUGUAAGACAAUUAAAUUCAAUCGAUACUAAUUCGGAUCCAAGAAUUCAUUCAAGAUCAGUUUACGAUGGUUUUUUGGGUGUUACUACUAUACCGCAUCGACAUUCGUACGUUUAUUAUUACGAGAUGGAAAAUGAAAUUUAUGACGAUGAACGUACAGAAGGUGAGGAGAUUAAUCGUGAAGAUAAUUAUUCUAACGUUAUAAAUCUUAAUGAAAGUUCAUUAAUGAGGAAAGAUCAUCAAGAGGAAGCUAUCUUUAUCGACGCUAGUCAACCAUCUUUAAAAAAUUAUCGAAGACAAGAACUCCUGAUGCAACAACCAUUAUCUAAAUCUCACAUACUUAGUGAUCUUAAACAAACGAUGAAUUGGUUCGGUUAUUUGAUAGUUAUUAUUGGAAUAGGAAUAACUAUAUCGUCUACUUACAUUAAUAUUAAAAAUACUAUUCGUUAUGUACGUUUUACACCUCCGUGUAUUGUUAAUGCUACCAUUGUAUAAAAUCCCAUGUAAUUUUAUUUUUUCGUAUUUUAUAUUUUAUUUUUUUUUUUAUUUUUUAUUUUUAUUUUUUAUUUUUUAAAGAUAAAACUUUGUGUACGCAGCAUUUAAGUUUUCGUUUAUUAUGUAUUUUAUUUGUUGUAUAGUGUAUUUUUAUAUAUCAAAUAAUAUCAUAUUAAUGAUUAAAAUGAUUUUUAAGAAGAAACGUGAUAUUUGGGAGAAUUCAUGAAAAUUGUAUAAUCUCGUAAGAAAAUAUAAUAUAUUUGUACAUAAAUAUUCAUAUAUAUAAGGAUGGGUU